UCGCUGGAUGAUCUGAAAUCCAUGGCAGUUGAAGCUAUUUUACUGCUGCAAGAAAAGAUAAAUGAUGAAGAUGAUGAUACUGUUACUAUCCGGCUCCUUGUUCCAUCUAAAGUUAUUGGGUGUAUUAUUGGAAAAAGUGGUUCAAUCAUAAACGAAAUUCGGAAAAGAACUAAAGCUGAUAUCCGUAUCUCAAAAGGUCAAAAGCCCAAGUGUGCUGAUAGCAAUGAUGAACUUGUUGAGGUGGUUGGAGAAGUUGGUGGUGUGAGGGAUGCACUCAUUCAGAUUGUUUUGAGACUCCGAGAUGACAUUUUGAAAGAUAGGGAGGCUGGUCGGAAUCCAUCUGCUGGUGCUGAUUCGUUCUACUCUGGUGGCACUGGUCUUUCACUGCCUUCAGUUUUGCCCAGUGUACCUCCAGUUGCUCCAAUGAGUUAUGAGCAGAGGGCUGAAACUGGGAGUGGGAUGGGCUUACUUUCCUCAAGUAGUCUCUAUGGAUAUGGAUCCUUGUCGGUGGGAGAUGAUGGCUAUGGCGCUUUGUCUUCAUAUUCAUCGAAGCUGUAUGGAGGGUUGCCUCCACCCUCAACCCUAGAGAUGAUUGUCCCUGCAAAUGCAGUUGGUAAAGUUAUGGGUAAAGGUGGUGCGAAUAUCGAGAAUAUCCGCAAGAUAUCUGGAGCUGCCGUGGACAUAUCUGACUCCAAAUCUUCCCGAGGUGAUCGUGUGGCUCUAAUAUCUGGAACACCUGAGCAAAAGCGUUCAGCUGAAAACUUGAUUCAGGCAUUUAUAAUGGCCACUUGA